AUGAAACCCCUCCCCUUCCCAUUCCCGUUCAAUAUUGGCACCGAUAUCGUCCACAUCCCUCGAAUCGCCCGCCUUCUGGCCCAACCAAACUACCUCCCACGCUUCACGCGCCGCAUCCUCUGCGACUCCGAACAGUCCGAUUUCACAAAACGUUUCCGUGAAUCCCUCCAGGCUCGCGCCGUCUACCACCAACAGCCACCUCCCGUGCCCGCCGACGUGACGCGCUGGCUGGCCGGGCGCUUCGCGGCCAAAGAGGCGGCCCGCAAGGCGGCACCAGAGGGCGCUGCAUCAAUUGGCUGGAAGGACGUGAUGAUCCGUGUGCAGGAGGAUGGGGGCGCGUUUGGAGUCGGUGUCAGUCGCCGGCCUGAGAUCGUCUAUCUUCCACCGGAAGAUGGGAGCCACGAGGGGAGGGUCGCGAAGCUGUCCAUCUCACAUGAUGGGGAGUACGUCGUGGCUACGGUUCUGGCGGCGGGUUGA